GCCAAGUGGGCGCCCGUGCAGCCUUUAUCGCCCGGCCGGGCAGGCUGGGCAGGCUGCUGCUCUGCCAAAUUUCCUUCUUUCUUGUCGUUGAAGUUUUGGGAGAGCGGAGAGUGGCGCGCCCCAUUGUUGGAAAGAGAGAGAGAGAAACUGUUAUUGACUUAGGCUGUGAAGAGAAGUUGUUCGCAUACUCGCGUUUUUAUCGCCGCUUUCGUGAAUGAGGGCGUACAGUCAUUUUUUGACGGCGUUUUCUCACUGUUUGAUUACUCUUGUUUUUAAUUGCUGUGCCACUACAAUAGUUGGCCGCCUUGCAUCCUGGGAGCAGCCAGCAGUUUCGGAGCUGCGCGGCUCUGCUGCAGUGUGCGGGUGUGUGUAUGUGUGUGCGUGUGUGUGUUCCUUCAAAUCUCCUCAAAGCUGGCCGCUGCUGACGUAGCUGGCUACGUUAUUCGCUGCCUCCUAAACGCAGUAUCUCUCGCCUCGGCGGCUCCCAGCCGCAGCGGCGGCGCCCGGUUACACUCUCCUCUGUGUGCUGGGUGAGAAGACUAGACAUGGGCAGUGGGGAGCACUACUGUCUGAGGUGGAACAAUCAUCAGAGCAACCUUCUCGGCGUAUUCAGUCAGCUCCUGGAGGACGGGUCGCUUGUGGACGUGACGCUGGCUUGCGCCGAGGAGGGCCACUCGAUCCGUGCGCACAAGGUGGUGCUCUCGGCCUGCUCGUCCUACUUCCAGACGCUGUUCAUCGCGCACCCCGCUCGCCACCCCAUCGUCAUCCUCAAGGACGUGUGCUUCCGGGAGCUGCGGACGCUCGUCGAGUUCAUGUACAAAGGGGAGGUGAAUGUGGAGUACUGCCGCCUGUCCGCGCUCCUCAAGACGGCCGAGAGCCUCAAGGUGAAGGGGCUGGCCGAGAUGACCAACCUGGACAAGUCGCACGAGAAGGAGGCGGAGCGGGAUAGGGACCGGGACAGGGACCGCGACCGGGAUCGCGACAAAGAGCACGACGACAAGGAUAGAGACCAAGAGAGGGAACGGGAAAGAGAGAGGGAACGGGAUAGGGAUAGAGAUAGGGAACGGGAACGGGAGAGAGAACGAGAAAGAGACAGAGAUAGAGAAAGAGACAGAGAAAGGGAACGGGAAAGAGAAAGAGAACGUGAUAGAGAUAGGGAAGACAAGGACCGGAGAAGAGAUCGCAGUGAUCAGCAAGACCGUGAAGUGAACAGAGAAGACGAUGUGCGGCAACCCCAGCCGCCGCCACCUCAGGAGCACCCCCAGAGUUUAGUACAAAGGCACAGGCAGAGUCCGUCCGUCUCGUCGCCCAGCCCCCUACCGCUGUCAGCGCCGCCCAGGAGCUCCGCCAACGGCGUCAGCCUCCUGGAGCCGGGGGAGCUGCUGCUGGGCCUACACGGUGGCGUGCACCCCCACCCGGGCGUCCACGUGCCGCUGCUGGCGCACCCCAUGCCGCUACCGCUGCCGCUAACGCACCACCACUCGCGGCUCCUCAACAGCAGCCCGGACUCGCCGCCGCUGCCCGCCCCCGCGCUGCCGCCGCCCCCGCGGCCGCCGUCACACAGCCGCAGCCUCUCGCCGUCGUCGGGCAUGUCGGGCCCGCCCAGCAAGCGGAUAGCGCGGCCACUGUCCAGGAUGGAAUCCAGGAUGGACCACUCGAGGGUGGAGUCCCGGAUAGACCACCUCCGGCGCGGGGACUCGAGCCCGGACUACGACUGCCACGACCCGGACCCUGGCGGGCCCGCGGACGCCGACUGCUCGGCGGACGAGGCCGACAUGAUGGCGGGGUCCCCGCUUAGCACCUGCAGCGGCGAGCCCAGCGACAUGACCAUGGCCACCAACCUGAGCAACCCGAGCAACAGCGGCAGCAGCAGUGCCAACAUCAACAAUAACAACAACAACAACGGCAUCCCGGCCACGUUGGCGGGGUGCUCGGGCUGCCCACCCGGGGUGUGCGGCCUGCCCUCGUCACCACUCUCACUAGUCCAACCACCCUGCUCGUCCGCCGCGAGCAGCCGCCUCACCUCUCCCCUCGGAACGCCCCUCGGCACGCCCCUGGGAACGCCCCUCGGCCUAGCAGGGAGCCCCAUCCCUGGGCCGUCCGGCCUGCCGCCCGUGCAGCAAGUGCCACUGUCUCUGAAAAAGGAAGUGGAUUGGGACAGAGGAGACCGAGACGACAAGAGCGCCACGAGUGAAAGCCCGUCAGACUACAGCCGGCAUCCGCCCGAUUCGGACUCGCUGUACGUCGGGCCGUGCACCUCCAGCUCGCGAGCGCGGCCCGGUGAGUCGCAGCCCAGCAGCCGCUCCUCUACGCCGUUCCAGUUCCCUUUUCCGACGUUCGGCACCGCCUUCAGCCCGUGGGGCGGGCCCAUCCCUCCGCCCGGGCCGGGCCCUGGAGGCCAUGGGGGUCCGGGGGCGCCUCCUGGGGGUCCCCCUGGCCCUCCAGGCCCCGGGGGCCCGAUCCUGUCGCUGCUCCAGCACCCCACUCUGUUGACGUCGCCUCCGCUGGACCUCCGCGGGGACGACGUGAGCGGCACGCCGGCGGGGUCGGCCGGGCCAUCUGUACGCUGCAUCAUCUGCCUGGCCAACUUCCCGUCGCCCUGGCUGCUGGAGCAGCACAUGGCACUGCAGCACGCGGCCUACACCAGUAAGUACCCGUCACUGGCCGCGCUCAGCGACAGCGGCAGCGAGGCGGGGGGCGCCGGCGAGGAGAAGCCCUUUCGAUGCGAGGUCUGUGGGCAGAGUUACCGAUACAGGUCCGCCUACUUAAAGCACCGCGAGCAGAACCACCGUGCUCGCCUGCCCGCAGACAAGCUCUUCACGUGCGAAGUAUGCGGCAUGCAGUUUCGAUACCUCAAAUCUUUCAAGAAGCACCGGCUGAACCACGCCCUCGAGAAGCUGCGCUCGCGGUCGCCCAGCGCCGCCGAGUGCGACCCGCUGCCCCACCAGCGCGGCGCCCCGCUCGAGCCCAUCUCGUCCACCGAGUACAGCUCCAGGAUGCUGCUCAUGAUGGGCGGCCACACGACGCCGCCGCACCCCAGCGGGCGCGUCACCGCCCCGCCGACGGCCAGCCUGUCGCCCGUGGACACCGACGCCGACCAGGUGUCCAGCUCCAACGAGGCCCUGGGCCGGAGCGUGGAGCGCGCCUCGAGCGCGCCCGUCAGCAAGACGGAGCACCAAAACUUCUACAAGUUCUCCCUGGACGACUACUACUACAUGGGCAGUCGCAGCAGCGUGACGGGGGAGGCCAGGCCCGCCUCGCGGUCCGGCGCGCCGGGCAGCGGCGGCGGCGGCGGUGGCGCCAAGUCGGACACGGAGCAGGACGACACCAUUGACUCGCUGGCCUUCGCUCUCUCCAUGACGGCCAACGGCGGCGCCGACGCCUUUCGCAACUCGCAAGACAACCUGUACACCAUGCUGAGGCAGCGCGAGGAGCGGCGCUUCGCGUGCCCCUUUUGCGGCAAGUGCGUGCGCUCCAAGGAGAACCUCAAGCUGCACGUGCGCAAGCACACGGGCGAGCGGCCCUUCGUCUGCCUCUUCUGCGGCCGGGCCUUCGGCGGCAAGUCGGACCUCACGCGCCACCUGCGCAUCCACACGGGCGAGCGCCCCUACCACUGCGAGAUGUGCGGCAAGUGCUUCGCGCGCGCCGACUACCUCUCCAAGCACCUCACCACCCACAUCCACCACUCGCAGAGAGAGCGAGGCAUGCUGGCGCUCCCCCGCCCUCCGAGCAGAGCGAGCCCUGCGGCCAGCCCCGCCGGGGAGGUGGACGCCUCGUCGUAAACCCUGACGUAGAUUGAGUUCGAUUUGGGGUGCAGUAACAGCCGCCCGUCAUUUUUAUUUGAUCAGGUACAGAGUCCGGUUUUUGUGUGAUGUGCGAGACCUCUUCCUUAAACUGAUAUGUAACACAACGAACAACCAUAAUAAGAUUUCCCGUUCCCGACCCUAUUUGUAAUAUCAAAGAUGUUUUUCACUAUUAGCAAUUUUAUCGACAACUAUUUUACAUGUCUUCCUUUUAUAUGAUUAUUUAACAGAAGCUCACAAGAAGUGUGUAAUGCAAGGUUGCACACCCAACUUUCAUUUCAUUACACCGUAAGAGAAAGUUCGUUCGCAAUGUAUUCAUUGCCUCAUUCAUUUUUAUUAAGUAAUCUAAAUAUUAUUUUUAUGGAUUUCACAGUACAAACAAUUUAAUACUGCCGUGUAUAACUAGGAUUAAUAGAGUACACAGGUAAAUCUUCUGAAAUGCGUUGCCUCCAUAGCAAUUUUUUCGCCAUCGGUGCCGAAAUGAAUGGCCCGUACAACGGGCGUAAAGCAGACUUAGUUCAGUAAAGCUGUCCCCAAGAUGAGCGUUUCACGAGGAGACGCUGAUGGCGCCGGCUGCGCGCCGGGUAGGCCGGCCCGCCAAGCUGCCGUGUGAAGGCGGCGGCCCGCCCAGCGCGCCCGAAUGUCGAGAGAACGUUUUGUCCAACGUGCAACGUGCAACGUGCAACGUGCCCUCGCAUCACCUCGAGGGACAUUCAUUUUGGGGGCACCUUUAGUUCGGGCUGUCGCUUAGCCGGCACAGUCGACAAAACUACGAGUACAUUGAUACAGGGAUGUGUAUAUGGAGACGAGCAUCGUCAGAAGGUCCACACAUGCUGUUUCUUGCCGGCUCUCGGUGAUCUUACUGUGUAUCCUCUAAGAAUAAUAAGCAAUAGAUGCAAAACUGUAACAUUUUAUCUGGGAGCUGAAGCAAGUUUUUGGCAUUUUGAACUACUUCUCGUUUUCAGGCUAUAAGGCUCAUUUGCCAUUUUUGCUCAGCUCAAGCUCACAAACAUAAUACCUCAUUUACUCCUUAGGAAAGUUGUGUGUUUAACUGCCUAGAAGAGGGAUUCCAGAUUGAUGAGAAUAGCGCGUGUUGUCGCCAUAAUAAUGUCUGAAUUUCUUGCUCAGAAGUAUUUUAUCUGUUGUCAGUAAUCACUAAGGGAGUGUGAUAUAUUUAUUGAUCAGUCCUUUUGACUAAUUAGUAGGUAUAAAAAUCAUGUAUGGGCAUUUAUGUCAUGUGGCAUGUUUUUUGAUGCAACUUUUGCUAAGAUACAACUGUCUGUUAUUUCAUAUAUGUGAUUAUGUAUUAUUCUGGAAAGAUGCUUCCGUGGACCCUCUUCGCAAUAAAUACUGAGUACCUACAAAUACCUCAUUUUGAAAUAGAUAACAAUCAAUGGUUUUUAAUAAAAAGUAUGGUUAUAAUAUAUUUAGAAACCUUCGAUUCUCAGAACAGAAACUUUGUUAUUUUUGUGUAUUGAUUUUCAAUGUCAGUUUGUGAAUGGAUUUUGAGUGGAUAAAGGUUUAAGGUUGUGAUAGAAAGUGACUUAUGUAUGGGAGUAAGUAGACUGUUUUGGAUUGGUAUUUUGUGAUGAAAUGUGUAUGUGAUUUUAGGAAUGUGUAAUGGAUGGAACUAUCUGGGAGCACAGGCCUAUAUUUUAUUUUUGGAGUUAUAUAUGGCCCAGUGGCAAUGGUUGCAUAGUAAGUGGAAUAGAACGUUCUUUUGUACUGAAGCGGUUUUAAAGUCUCUUAUAGAUCUGAUACUUCAAAUGCAAUGACCAACAAUUUAUUGUGUUUUGAAAAAUUUUGUUUGUGCUAGUUGUUUAUGUGUGUAGUUAAUCCCAAUGCCAAGUUUGUGUCCUUGAUGGGAUCCAUGAACAGACAUUAGCUGUCAUGGAAAUCUUUGCCAUGCUAUAUGAAGGGUGCCGUGAUAAUAUUGAAAAUAGAAUGGAGGUGGUUGUGGCUUGAAGACUGAACUCAGGAAUCAAAGAUUGAUUCCCUGCAAAUUUUUACUUAUUGGAUUGCCUUUUUCAGAUAUUUUGGUGCAAUCUAAGAGAUGAGGUACAUCGCACUAGAAGUUCUCAGACACCGUGCAAUAACUAAAUGUUGUAGUUCAUAACUUACGUGUUAUGUUUCACAUAUAUCUUUGUGUGAAUAUGUAUGUACUUACCAAUAACAUAUUUAUUUAUCUCAUCUUUUUAUUGUCUUUGUUGUUUGUUUUUAUUUAUUUAUUUAUUUAUUUAUAUUUAUUGAUUUAUUUAUUGACUUUUUAAUUUAUUUUAUUGAUCAUUAUGUUGUUUUUGUAAGCUUAGCAAAUCCAGAUGUAGGAAAUGUGUUAUUUAUUUGAAUUGUUUCAUAUUUAUAUUACAACAACCUAAACUUGUUUGUAUUAUGGUGAGAUGUAACUACUGAGAUUAUCAAAACUUUGAGGUUUAUGACAGUAAGAUACUCGGAUAUUAUUUAAAAGUUGUAUCAACAGUUCUUACUUUGCUCUGAAAAUUUAAUAGCCAGUUAUUUAUUAAGUUCUGUGUACUAUUCAAGACAUGCUGUAAAAUACUGAUCAGAGAUUAAGUUUAUUUUGUUACUUGCUAGAUGGUGUACAAAUAAUGAUAUUUGACAAGCUUCUUUUAGAAUGGCAAAUGUGUUAUUUUGUCUUUCCUUUCUUUUCUUUAAUGCAUUGUGCAAGACUUAUCGUUCCAAUGCAGCUGACAGUUACCUGAUGUGAUAAACGCUUAAUCAUAACAUACUGUGUGGAAAUUCCAUGACCCUGGUGGAGACUUGUUAAGGCUGAUGGAAAUUAUUAGGCGUAAGGAAAUACUGAUAUGUGAUAAGUUGUUAGCAGUUGUCAAGCAGGUGUGUAUGGUUGUAGGUAGGGGUGUUGUAUUAGUGUGGUAAGAUACAGUUUGCCAACUGAGUGGAAUUUCUUUUUCUUUUUGAUAGAUCGUGAUGAUGUGUCUGUGACCUACCACUAGGGACUAGGAAUAUUUCCACCUCUAUUCAGUCUUGAAAGUUAGAUUAAUGGUUUGGCUGUCUUGUCGGAACUGGAAGCUCUUUGUGUCGACUCAUAACUGUUGUGAUAUACCACAUGCUUGUUUUAUCUAUUCUUAUUUCUAAUUGAAAGUGUCUGAUUAAUAAUGAUAACAAUUACUAUUCAUUUUCUUUUUUGAUCAUGUUUAUAUUUGUGUUGAUUUAUGCACGCAGACAGUAAAUAUUUAUGUGUUGAGCAGAUAAAAUAUGAGCACCUAAAUAGGUAUGUUUUGUAUGUUGUAAUGUAUAAAUAUUCCCUUUAUAAGAGAAAUGGCAGUGUAAGAAUACCUCUGUGAAUUUUUUUUAAACGCAGAUUUAUGUACCUACUAUUUUUAAGUUAGUUCAAUUGUACAGCGAUUAUGUGAUGCAUUAAUGCCUCGAAUUUAUCUCCUAUCUGAAUAUGGUAUAAUUUGUUAGCUUCUUAUGUUCAGAGUGUCCUUUGUAUGGCAUAGAGUUAAUUUUGGUCUUCUUAAUUAUAGGAAUUCCAAGCAUAAUAUCUGUCAUCAUUACCUUGCUCAUUUCAUGGCGUUCUGCCUUGUGCCAAAGAUUGUUACCAGCUCUCUCUUAAGAGUAGAUUUUUCUGUUUUGGGCCUUUGCUGUUCUAAGCUAUCAAUUGAUAAAGAGUUUGUCUCUCUCAUUCAGGUUCAUACUCUUCUACGUGACUUUUUCAAUAUUGUCGUUUUCAUGGUGCUAUUGUGUGUAUAGUUCCAGUAAGGUCCAAAAGAAAAUUAUUUAAAGUUUACUGACAUAAAUUUGAGGCAUUAAAUUCCUAUAAUAAUUUCAUCAAUCUCAUGUCCUAGGAGUUACCGAAUAAUGUCUUGAAUAGUUUUCUGCAUGAAAACCUCAAGAUCUGGCAGCCUUCCUCUCCUUCUCCUGAAAGAAAACUCAUUUGCCUCAUUCAUUAGUAUUUAAAGCCAUUAAAUGUCUUUCAUUUUUUUCUAUUGGAUGUUGUAGUGUUCUUGUCAAUAACUUCCCUCCAAUCUUAUACAGAUCUCGUUCCAAAUCGUUUUUCAAUGUACUUAAUUGUAACGUUCAUGAUGUAGAUUUUUGCUAUAAAGCUCUCUUUUCCUGUGUAGGAUUCAUGACAGUACAUUGUUUGAAAACCAGCUUUUUCUUAAUGAAUCGUUUUCAUCAGCUGUAGCUGUACUGCUUACAUGCCUCUGAUUUGAACAUGACAGUUUUUUUUUAUGAAGGUCAAUUCAUGUCAAUUUUUUGUGAUUCAUACUAGUAGUACAUUAAUAUUUGUUCCUUAUCAAACAAUCAAUUUCAAAUUUAAAAAGGUAGAUUAUGGUGAGUUUAAGUGGCAGCUGUCAGCUGUUGUGGUAGAUUCCUAUUGUAACCAACACAACAAUUUCCAGGAUGCAGGCCAUUGGUCUAGUGGUUAACUUUAAUGCAUUCCGUUCAAGCUGUACAGAUGAUGCUUGUAGAACAUAUAUGUUCAUCAUUUCAUGAUCCAUUUCAAAAAUAAAUUGAAACAUUUGUAAAUCUGAAAUUUGUUUUGGCUUCUUAUUGGAUCUAAAAAUAUGACAAGCAUUGUGCUCUAAGUAGUUUUUUCUUCCAAUAUUUAUUUUGAAAGAGUUCUUCAAAUGACACGGAGACGACAACAAACUCUCCCAAAACUUUUUAACAAGCUCACACAAGGUUCCUUUUCCCCUCAUCAACCCAGCGAUUUUGUGAUUUUCUCAGACCCUUAGAAUUAAAUAUAUGGAUAUUUUGUUGUUUCUUUUUUGUGAUAUGGCCCACCCAGAAUCAUCAAAUUAACUGAGAUUCUAUUAAUUAAUAAGCUUAAAGUUGUAGAAAGCAUUAUGCGCAAAGCAUUUGUUUCUACUUAAGAAUCAUAAAAUACAGAAAUGAAAUCUUUCCUCUGGAAUGUUUAAGUUUCAAAUACCAAUGAGCUAAAAUGCAUGGCCUUAUGUAACUGAUAUACGUACAUUUUUAUAGUGUUGGUCCUUGAGCCUUUCAUCAGUGUAAAAGUUAAAUGAGGUGUGUGCUGCUCAAUAUACCUGUUGGCUAUAAUCAUUCAGAAGUUCAGUAAAUUUAUAAGCCUCUUCUUUCCCUGUUUCCUUUUCUUUUAUAGUUAUUGAAAGUGUGUUCUAGUAAUGUAAUAUUUAUCAUGUGCUCACAGACGAUUUUUGAGUACAUUUCAGCUACCUCAUAUUGAUCUAAACUCAAACUCAAUUUUGUAUGACGAUAGUUGUAACAUGAUUUGUGUUCAAUGAUGUCAAGGAUAAUAUUGUAUUUGCCCCUUUUGCCUGUCAUUUGCCUUGCUCACCAACCUCUCUAUUCCUAUUUCUCUUCCUAUGCACGCAAAACUCCUCUGUUGCUUCAUUUUUCUAGUGAACUUCUUUGUAACAUUAUUAUGUUGUCACUCAAAAUUGAAUGUGAAAUUGUGAAUAUUUGGAAAAUAUUAAAGCUCACCGAUCGUCCAAAGUAA